UUUGGGGGUUAUAAACUACAGUGGAGCCGGGGCUCCUGAUGGGAAUUCCCACGCACAGACACAUUGGCCGUGAGACAAGAACAGAGGGAUGGAAACCUUCCGUCAUUCCAGCCGUGAUGCGAGUCUCUGUCGGCGUCUGUUUCAAAUACAUUCGCGGCUUUUAGUCCUUCUGUGGACUUUACGGAAAAAUCUGACUUAAUCUAACACACUGAUUGCCUUUGGGAUCCAGAGUGUCGAGUUUAUUAAAGCAGAAAGAAACUGAUUUGUGUUUCAUCUCGUCCCCACGAGACGGGAGAAAACACUCUUCGAGGGGAAGAGAUUUGAAUUAAUCCUAUUUCAGCUGCUCCACGUGGCAAUUUAAUGACAAUUAUUUAAGAUAAAAAAAGUAUUGUAUUUUUUUCUUCCCGCCUAGUAUUAUGAAAUUGAAUACAUGCUGAACAUACGCACGCCUCCUCCUCUGCAGCUCCACGAAACACCACCGGGGGAGCAGUUUCUCGUUGUCUCCAAACACAUGUUUCUGAUAACAUCUGAGUACUUUGACUUUAGUCCCCACCUCCACAUUCACAUCCACGCCUCCUCUCUCUCUCUCUCUCUCUCUCUCUCUCUCUCUCUCACGCUUCCUGUAGAUUGGCACAUUUGCCCGUUUCGGUCGAUGUUGAAGCGAAGGGCAGACAGGAAGUCUUUCUUUUGGAAGUGGGAGGAGACAAAGGGAGAUGCACAGGUGGGGCCCGCAUUGGAAGGAGGCCGUUGUUUCAGGAUAAACACACAGGGGGGGAGUCAGGUGAGGAGUUGCGCUGCUGGCUGCCUGCUCUGACAGCCAUUCACUGGGACAGGUCGGACUGGUUUUCUCCCCCGUUCUGAUUCCCGUUCGUACCGGCUCCAGAGCGAGAGGAAGAAGCGAAGCAGACGAGGUGAAAAGGGCUCUCUCGGUGCACGUCCGACAUUCGAGAGGACUUUUCAACAUGCCCAGGGAAGGAGGAGAAGAAGGAGAAUUCUAUGGGAAAAAUGGCGAGCCGAAGAAGUACGAUGCGAACUUCAAGGGCCCGAUCCAGAACAGGGGCUGCACGGACAUCGCGUGCUGCAUCUUCUUCGUUAUUGCCAUACUGGGUUAUUUUGCAGUGGGAAUACUGGCCUGGUCCCAGGGCGACCCCAGGAAGGUGAUCUAUCCCACGGACAGCCGGGGCCAGUUCUGCGGGCAGGCUGGCACCCCACAGGCCAACAAGCCGCUGCUGUUCUACUUCAACAUCAUGAAGUGUGCCAGCCCCAUGGUGCUGCUGGAGUUCCAGUGUCCCACCACGCAGAUAUGUGUGGAGAAGUGCCCCGAAACGUUCAUGACGUUGGUGAAAGCCUACACCAACAAGAAGGACUUUGCCUUCUACAAGACCUUCUGCAAGGAAGGCGUGACUGACACCAUGGGAAUACCAACAAUCCUCAGUUUAGGCCUCUGUCCUGCCAUGCUGACCCCCAGCAAACCCUUCAUUCGCAGGUGUUUCCCGGCUCUGGGCCUGGUGGGAGGGGUGGUAACCGUGGGAAACAACUCUCACUUCGACGAUGGGAGCGGGAAGAUGAGAGACGCCAAGGACCUCGUGGACGGAGUCAAGAACGCCACCGUGGUCAUCGAGGCUCGCCAGGCGGUCAUGAAGAUAUUUGAGGAUUUCACACAGUCCUGGUACUGGAUCCUGAUAGGCCUGGUCAUCGCGAUGCUCAUCAGCCUGCUCUUCAUCGUCCUGCUGCGCUUCCUGGCCGGGAUCAUGGUCUGGGUCAUGAUCGUCAUGGUGAUACUGGUCAUAGGAUACGGUAUCUUCCACUGCUACAUGGAGUACGCCGCCCUGAAGGGGGAGGCGGGCGCCAACGUGACGAUCCAGGAACUCGGCUUCCAGGUCGACUUCACCGUCUACCUGCAGAUCAGACAGACCUGGCUGGCCUUCAUGAUCAUCCUGGCCAUCAUGGAGGUCAUCAUCAUCCUCCUGCUCAUCUUCCUCAGGAAGAGGAUCCUCAUUGCCAUCGCGCUCAUCAAAGAAGCCAGCAGAGCCAUCGGUCAUGUGAUGAGUUCCCUCUUCUACCCUCUGUUCACGUUCCUCCUCCUGGCCAUGGUCAUCGCCUACUGGGCCGUCACUGCCGUCUUCCUGUCUACCUCUAACGAACCCAUCUACAAAGUGUUUAACGAGACGGCCUGCGACCACUCCAGAGAAACCUGUGAACCAGCGAACUACUCGACCAGUGCCGAGAAACGGCAGUGCCCCGACUCCGAGUGCCUUUUCGCCUUCUACGGCGGCGAGACCCCCUACCACAAGUACCUGAUCGGCCUGCAGUUCUACAACGUCUUCCUCUUCUUCUGGUGCGCAAACUUCGUCACGGCCCUGGGACAGAUGACCCUGGCCGGGGCCUUCGCCUCGUACUACUGGGCCGCCGUCAAGCCGGACGACAUGCCCGCCUUCCCGGUCUUUUCUUCCCUGGGGAGAUCUCUCAGGUAUCAUACGGGAACUCUGGCGUUCGGCUCCCUCAUCCUGUCAAUCAUUCAGAUCAUCAGGGUUCUGCUGGAGUACCUGGACCACAAGCUGAAAGGAGCCCAGAAUAAGUUCACCAAGUUCCUGCUGUGCUGCAUGAAAUGCUGCUUCUGGUGUCUGGAGAAAUGCAUCAAGUUCAUAAACAGGAACGCUUACAUCAUGGUGGCGAUCUACGGCAAAAACUUCUGCGCCUCUGCCAAAGACGCCUUCCUCCUCCUCAUCAGGAACAUGAUCAGGGUGGUCAUCUUGGACAAAGUGACGGAUUUCCUCUUGUUCUUGGGCAAACUGCUCGUUGUUGGGCUCGUGGGGAUCUUUUCCUUCUUCUUCUUCUCUGGGAGAGUGAAGGCCUUCGAGAACACCGCCCCCAACCUCCACUACUACUGGGUGCCCAUCCUGACCGUGGCGGUUGGCUCCUACCUCAUUGCCCACGGGUUCUUCAGCGUGUACGCCAUGUGUGUGGACACCCUCUUCCUCUGUUUCUUGGAGGAUCUUGAGAGGAACGACGGCAGCGCCGAGAGGCCGUACAUGAUGCCCGAGAGCCUCCGCAAAGUCCUGAACAAGAAGAACAAGGCCGAGCCGGCGGAGUAGAGCGCGCCUCCUGCUCCUGUGAGGCGAGACUGAGGGACGGACCGCACCGGCGUUCUGUUCAGCGGACAAGACCGUCCUGCCAUUAGUCACCAGGUGACGAUCAGCGAUGUCAUCCAUUCUGUUUUGUUACCGCCAAAAAAAGGUUUAACUCCCGCACGUUUCUUACGGAUGUGUAGACGUCUUGUUUUCAAUUUCGCGUUUUAUGGAAUUCAACAUUUUCAUUUUGACUAGUUGUAAAAAUAAAUAAAAAAUUGUAUUUUUAUCUUGAGUUAAAUCUGAUGUUUUAUUAAAUAUUUGUUACAUGAAGUUUUGCUCAUGCAAUCUGCUAAAGUUUUUUAUGUCUUUGUGCUUUUAUAUAUAUAUAUAUAUUGGCUUCUUUAUUAUAUUUGAAUAAAUAUUUAACCUUGUUGCCAUCACGCAUCAUGCAUACUGGAGUCGUUCACACCUACAAAUGAAACUAUUGUGUUUUUAUCAGCCAGCAUAUGGAGAGAAAUAUAGACUGGAACCAAAAGCCAAAUGUGUCUUGUAAUAGAUGUAUAGGGUUAUACUUUGGUGCUUAUGUCAUUGUUGUUGAAUUGAGUGUUUUUUUGGAAAUAAACAUAGUUUUUUACCUAAUUGAA